GCAUAGAAACCAUCGUCGACACAUUGCACAUUCUGAUAACGAAGAGCAGGGUGGACUUGCAGAAAGUGGGUAACAAGUGUCAGCAAAAUUGCAUGUAUGAAAAAUUAAGGAUACAAAACAAAAAUUUUUUUCGCGCUAAAAUUAAAAAUUAUUUUCAAAAAAAAUUCUCUAACAAUUUUAUAAUAACAGUUGAUUGAUAAAAGACAAGAAAAAAAAUUUUUUUUUCAAUAUAUAUAUAAAUUUCAAUUCAAUUAAAAAAUCAGAUAUAUAGUGUCUAAAGAAGAAACAACAAAAGAGAAGAGAGAAAAAAUUUAUUUUUUUUUUUUGAGAAAAAAACAGUGUAAUUUGGAUAUAAUAGGAAAUUUCGAAUUUUACCUCAUGUUUGAUAAGAACAUAUACAACGAGAGACUGAGAGGGAUUUAAAUUAGGAGAUCAUUGUGAUCCAAGCAAAAAAAAAAAGCGAUCAAAACGAAGCACAAACGCGAUCAUACAAAUGGCGAACACGAUAUUUGGAAUAAUUUCUAAUUAUUUUAUUCUUUUUGCCAUUACGUUAAUUGUACCCGGAAUUUUUGCUCGCACAAUUUAUGACAAAAGUAUUUCAAAUCAAGAAUUAAACAACGUGGACUACAAUGAUUAUAAUUUGGAUGAAUAUCAGAAACCAAUGCAGAAAAGAGCAGCACUUUUGCUCGACAGACUGAUGAUUGCAUUGCAAAAAGCUAUUGAAAAUGAAGAUUCAGUGGGUGGAGGAUCGAGUGGGAAAUAUUACGUGAAGUCUGGAAAUCAACUAAGGGAAAGUACCAGGCAAAAUAUUCCCCUGACAGAUGAAAAAACGAUGGAUCUUCAACGCAGAGGACAAGCAAAAGGUCGAGUUUAUUGGCGUUGUUACUUUAAUGCAGUGACAUGUUUCAGAAGGAAGUGAUUUUAUUUUCCGAUCAAGACUUUAUCUUUACUAUAGGUUCCAACUGCAUAUAAAAAAAAAAAAAAAAAAAAGUUUCACCGCAAAAUGUCAGUGUGUUACAAAAAAAAAUUAUCUACGAGAAAAAUUACAUUUCCUCUGUUAUAUACUUGAAUCAAAAUUUAUCUUAAAGAAAAAGAAUAUCAAAUUCUUUUUUAAAAAAAAAUCUCGUAGGGCUUAAUAUGUAAUUAUUCUGUGAAACUUGUUUCAAAAAAAAAAAAUAUAUAUUUUUCUUUUUUUGCACAUUUCACAAGAAACUGAAAAUUAUUUUGUAAAAAUUACGACUGAACUGAGUUUUUAUAACUCUCGUAAAUUAAAUUAUAUAAUUAAACACUAAAAAAUUAAUCUAUAUAAUUAUAAAUAUCUUUUCAUAUAAAAUAUAUAUCUGAAAGAUUUACUCUGUUAUAUAUAUAUAUUAUAAUUAAUGUUAUUAUACUUUUAAGUAUAUAAGAAACAAAUUUAUUUUUACAAUUGAAAUUAUUUAGAAUAAAAAUACGCAUUGAUAUUAUGUGAAUUGUAUACACAUACGUUAAAAAAUGAUUGGUAAAAUGAAUAAUCCACCAUAAUAUUUACAGAAUGAUCAUUAUGCAUGUCAAAUAGUGCCAAAGAAAAAAAAAAGAAAACCAAACAAAAAUUUUACAAAUAAUUUCAAUUGCCAUAUAGAAAAAAAUAAACCAAACAUUUAAUUAUUACACUUUGAGAAUAUUUCCUGUUACACAAUUAAUUAAGUGUUAAAUUUUUUAAUAUAUAUAAGAAAAAUAUUCACAUGAAUUUACACAAUUUUAGAAUUAUGUUAAAAAAAAAAAAUUAUUGCUUCUUGUACCGCAACAGUAUUUUCUUAUCCUUGUGUACCUGAUUUUUCUGUAUAAUAAAUCUACACUUCGAAUAAAUUACUUAUUCUCUCCUCUA